AUGAAGGAAAAGCCAAGCGGUGACUUGCCCAUUGCUCUGACAACCGAAAUCCUAGUCGGAAGCACAUCAGGCUGGCGUAUUGGAGUCGUUUCCCAGCCUUUGGCAACCGUCAUAUCCCAAGGUGAUUCUGGGCGCGCUUCAAUCGGAGACUUUUAG